CUGAUGUACGCUCAUCCGCGGCGCGGUAACCGAAUGUCUUCUGCUGACAAGGUUAUUGUAUUCCUCUGUUGCUAUUUUCUGGUAGCUAGAAGAUGGUGACUUGAGCUGAGUGUAGAUCUGUUAAAUAUCUCAUGCUAUCAAUAAAAUGGACAGACUUGUACGCAAAAUAAACACUAGCCCAAAAUCUAAAAGAAAAACUUUGGUACAAACCGCAGACAAUUUCGGUGUGCCUCUAAAAGUUCUUCUUGAUCGAGAUUCCGUAAAACCAGUUCCUCGUAUUGUCAAAAAUAUCUGCGAAUACUUGCUUGCAAAUGGGCUAAGUUCACAAGGAAUUUUUCGUAUCAAUGGGAGUGCUAAAUUAAUCGAAGCACUCAAAAGUACUUUCCAGAUAUCAGCAGCAGAAGAUCUUUCCUCUCUGGGAAAUGUUGAUAUAUAUGCUCUGGCAGGUGUUUUGAAGUUGUUUCUUCGUGAGCUCCCUGAAGGGCUUGUAUCAGAAAAACAAGGGGUGAAAUGCAUAAAGGUUGCAAAAGAAUAUGCGAGUGAUGAAAAUAUGUACAUAUUUAAAUUACAAACUGUUUUAUGUACAUUGGUACAUGAAAACUAUGAACUCUUAAAGUACUUGUGCAGAUUUUUGAAUAAGAUAGCUGAAAACGAACCUGUCAAUAAAAUGUCACAUAAUAGCCUAGGAAUAAUUUUUGGUCCUUGCGUAUUUCGAUGCAGUUUAGAUGUACAGGUUCUGAAAAACCAGGGCUUGACAAAUUAUGUUAUGACUUCACUCAUCCGACACCCUGACUCGAUAUUUGUUCAUCAUCCCAAAAGUGACUUUUUUGUACUUGAUCGCCUGUUUAAAUUACCUGAAAUUGUAUCCAGUUCAGCUUUGCCCAACCUUGAAGAUCGGGUUCAAUCAUCGUGUGAUGCAUUUCCGGGUUUUGGUCGCAUUACUGGAACAACACCUGUUGAAAGCUCAAUGGGAAAUAAAGUAUUAGGUGUUUUAGAAAAAUUACCCUUAACUUCUCAAAAUCCAACUGAAUCUUACAAACCAAAACUUGAUAAUCAAAUAUGGGUUUCCCGUGACUGUUCUUCUAGUGAACCAGAAGAUCUUCAAACGAAUACUUGUCGUGUUAAACCUGAUUCAUUAUAUAAUAUUGCACUUGAAGAUAAGAAGAUUUUCCAUAUCAGUCCUCCAUUCUGCCAAUCUGUUCCCGCCAAUCAAGACAAUGAAUUUCCUGUCAGUCCACCGAGUUCAUCGAUAUCGAGCCCAGUUACUUUUGAGAGUUUUAACACUCCAACUUGUGCCAGUCCAAACCACUCACCGUAUUACAAUGAAACGGCGGAUGUUGAAGAAAGUUCAAAUUCAGAUGCAGAGGUAUUUUUCAAUAGGACUCCUGACCAACGAACUCUAGAUAUUACAAAUAUUAUCACAUCCAUUGCUACAUGUAGUUCUCCAGAGGAAUUUCACUUCCAACCGCAGUCUGAUAGUUGUUUUAAUACUUCAUGUCGGAUAUCAAGCUAUAACAGUAAAUCUGAUUAUAUUUCAAAAAUAUUUGAGAAAAGUUUGUAUUCUUAUGAUGCUGUCUCGGGAUUGCCAAGCAGAAGGUUGUCUGAAAGCAGUAAAUUUGGUAAAUCAGUUCAUUCCACUUAUGAUACUGAUAAUUCUACUGAACUAAGAAGAAUUUCUAACCAGCAAAAGUGCACAAGCAAUGAACCUGGUGUACACCCAAUCAAUACGUGGAAUUCUAUGCCGUCUGUUCAGAAAACUACAGAAACUUUACUCGACUCUAUGAAUACUUCUAUCUCAAUAAAGGAUAAAACUCUGAAUCAAUUUCGUCUGCAGUCUCCUAUACCGGAAUCCAUUACACCGAAUUCUCUCGAGUGCCAUAUGAAUAGUUGUGAUUGUCCUUCAAGCGUUGAUGUUAUCUUACAACCUAAUGUUACGCAAAAUUGUAAUAGCAUGGAAAGGGAGGAUGACCUUCCUCAUUUGAUUUAUUUACCUACUCCUUCAAUAGACACAGAUCACUUGAUUCUUGAAAUAUCAGAAAAUGACAGGGAUUUAAUCAAGCCGUUUACUAAUGCUCAGCCAUCUCCGGGAAAUUCGCAGACUAGUUUGACCCAAGCUAUUGAUCACUGUUUGGAUGCUCACAUGUUUUCCUUCUUCAAACAGCAGGUCUCAAAUCCUGUUUGUCACUCUGACAGCGUACCUCAUUCCCCAAACGAUACUCGUCACACAAGUACAGAUCACAGAAAUUCUGUUCCUGACUAUGUUAAACCCAAAUCAUACGUACUGGACCAAUCGAAAACCCCACUUCAUGGAUCUGAGCAUUUUCUUCCCAAUGAAACUGAUAAUCAUGUUGUUUAUUCUACUCGUGAAGUCAAAGAUCAACAGAAACGGUCUCCUCUAUCAACUAGACAUUCUUUCGACUACACAACUGUCCACACACCUGUUCGAACUAAUAGUGUACGUGAAUGUAAGAAAUACAAUCAAAGUGCACCGGCUAGUCCAAUAUUACUUGGUCCUACUUCUUUACCUAAACUGAGAUCAAAGUCAAGUAUUACUGAGGAAAUUAGCAAACCGUUGAAAUCAGCGAUUUAUGAACCGGAAAAUCGCCGACUUUGUACUCCACCUUUAUUGUCACAUUUCUUGGAUUCAACUGUUGAACACAAAGAAGCUGCUUUGAAUCACCAGAAGCUUUCCAAUCGGAUAUCAAGCAUAAAAACACCAUCUCAUUUCAAAUUAUCUACUGGAAAGAAAUCACCAAUCACUGAUAUAGAUACUUCUGAGGCUACAUUAUUUUCCACUCGAAAUAAACCUAGUCUUGGUGAAAAUGAAUCAAGUAUUGCUUUACACUCAAAUUCAUGUAUAUCAGCUGUCAAACUAGUGAGAUCCUUUUCAUUAAAUGAUACAUCGUCAAUAAAAUUUCGUCCUCUCCUACGAAAGUUUUCUUCAACAUCGUCCAAAUCAGUUUUGAACGACAUUUGUAAAACUUCAGUAGGCGAUAAUGAUGGCAAUGAUAACUUAACAUUAAAACAAUCAAAUUCAACACUUACAUCUUUAGAAUCAUUUUAUGACCUUUUAUCUGCUGUACUGUCUGAACAACGCAGAUGUUGUGGUCGUCCUGAGCAUCUAAGUGAAAUGAACUGGGACCAGAUUGAGCAAGAGAAAUUCGAUAUUCAAAAGGGCCUCCUUUACUUUGAAGGUCUGUAUGGUCGACCAAAAAGUCCAAAAUCCAAACGAAUCAUGAAGCCAAUAUAUGAACGUUAUCGUCAAGUUAAGCGCCUUGUCUCUACUCGACAUAGUUGUGUGCCUGGAUUUAGUAGUGAAUUUCCAUUCGGAAGAGAUUUGUCACAUUUUAAAACCCCCAUUAAAAAUCCGGUUACUGGAGUUGAUAAUGAAAAGUGGACAGAUAAUCAGUUACCGUUGAUAGUUUCUGAUGAUUUGAUGAAAAUCUUAGGCAUACCAACACGCACAUCAGAAGCACUUUUAGAAGAUAAUAUUCACAAUAUGGAUUCUGAUUCUGAUUUAAGCCUAUCUCAGUAUGUGUACAAAUGUGAAAAAAGCAAACUCCCUGGCGGCAGUGAACAACGGGAUAACAAAUUAUUAAAAUCAUCUGACAAUUAUAACAUGUUGACCGAAGACAAUGAAAGUAAAAAAUUCGCAUUAAAAUCCAGUCAUAGAAGAUCUCUGAUGAGACCAAAUGAUCGUGAGAUUCAGCUGUAUUAUAGACAGAUCUAUUCCUUGCCUCCUUUGGAGAUGUACAAAGAAAAGAAGAAUAUUCUGUUAAAGAAGCAUAUUCUUCAAACUGAACUGAUCGACUACGAAAAUAAUAUCCAACGGUUAUUAGGGCGUAAACCUACCAAAGCUGAACGUGAGCCAAUGCGUGACAAGUUCGAACUGUAUAGCUUCAUUAAACGUCAGUUAAAAGCUGUCGAUUCUCGUUUAAACUUCUGCUCCUCAGAUUUGAUCAAUAUACAAGGUGAUAGCAAUAAUAGUGUGGAACAAUGAAUUCUUGGUUACUCUCACAAGAAACUAUCAUAAUUCUGAGUAUCCCUUCUUUGUGGUUUCCUUUAGUGUUCACUUACAAAUAAUGUUGUCAAGGUAAGAAAUAUAUUUCUUUUUAUGCUCUAUUAAUCUAUUUGUAAAAAUAGAAGAGAAAAUUUACGUACAUACUUGAUUGUUUUACAGAGAUGAAGCCUUUUUCCUCAUGUGAUAAAAUGAACAAUUUUAAAAAAAAAUCUCUUCGUUGCUUUUUACUUGUUAACCUUCUUUUUGUUGUUGAUUUACAGCUUCUAGAUGCAUGGUUUCAAUUAUCUAGGAUGCAUUAGUGGUGAAUUAUACUUUCUUGACAAUGUUUUUUCUAAAGUUUUAUUGUCUUUCAGCCCAAACUGUGUAUGCUUUUGCCCUCCAACUUGCUAACUGUUCUGCUUAUAGCUUUCUUUAUUCACUGCCUGCUGCAUUUUUCGAAUCCAACUGAAAUAAACAAAAUGUAGUCAGUAUUAAAAUAUGAAGAUAUUUCAUUGCUUUGUAUUGCAAUGUUUGGUUUUUAAACAUUAUCUUACUUCCAGUACAAUGUCUACGUGUAGUCGAACCCGUUGUUAAGCAGUAUUAAGAAGUACUAGUGUACAUUAAGUUUAGCUUUGUGUUUCUUAGACGUCAUUGAUCUUCACUGUAACACUCCGUCUCUCUUUCUCUCCUUCUGGCUUUUUAAAUUUUAAUACUUUUGUUCUAUACCUUCAACCUUGCUGGGACAUUCAAUUUUCUAGUCAAAUCAUUGUGCAUACUGGUCAAACUGUGUCAGAUUUAUAUAUAUAUAUAUAUAUAUAUAUAUAUAUAUAUAUAUAUAUAUAUAUAUAUAAUUCUUAUUUACCCUUAGUGACAGAAACAAAAAUGUCAGCUGUAAUUUCUAUUUUGAUUUCAAUGAAAUACAGUGCAACUGUGGUGUAAUAUGUAUGUUUGUGUUUACUUCUCGUUGUCUUACUUUAUUUCCUCUGGCUUGUGUCUUAGAGGGCGUUUAUGUUUGUGUACAAGUGAGUGGAUCUUCGAAGAGUUUGUUUAUAUAGACACUUUUAUCAAGUGUGUUUACGCUGUCUAUCUCUCUCGCGCCCUCUUUCUUUCUAUUUUAACGCAUAGUAAACAAAUUUGAAGGAAAAUAUUUUACUUUAUGAAGGCAGUUAUGGAAACUUCUGUCAUAAACAGUUCUUAAUUUAUACUUGACGUAUAUAUGUAUGUGUAAAAAUUAAUAUCAUUUACCUUCUUUACACAAACUUUAUGAAUGCUUACAAACGAGGAAAGAAAAUGAAUGACUUGUUAUCGUUUUUUGCCUUCUUUCUUUUGAACUCUUGGAAUAUACACAAAUCUUUGAGGAUCGCAUCCACUGCAGUAUCAGAUGUCAUCGAUAUCUUCCGUGUAUCAUUUUUAUUACUAUUACAAAAAAUACCUUGGGAGAAUACCCUAUCCUUAUGUAAAUAACUUGAAUCCCGUAAAUAUAUACUUGUGUGCAAUUCAUUCUUGAUUUGAUCUUUUGUGUGUAAACAUGAGUGUACACUUUGUGCUGACACAGUUGUUUUCUGUUUAUACAGAAUUUUUCAUUUGAUUUGGUGUUUUUACUUGGCAUACUAAUAGUUGCAUAUUUUUAAGUUGUUACUGUAUCAUCUUCAGGCUAUGAUGACUUUUUUCAAUUCAAUAUGUGUAUGUACGUCUACACGUCGUUGAUUUCUGGAGAACCCAAUGGCUUUUGCUUUUGCUUUCAUAAGGCUUUUUCAGCUACAUUUUAUUUAUCAUAUAAUAUAUGUAUUUAAUUUUCUCUUUGCUUCAUGCAUAA